CCCGCAGGCCCGCCAUGGCGUCCGAGCGGCUCCCGAGCCGGCCCGCCUGCCUCCUCGUGGCCAGCGGCGCCGCGGAAGGCGUGUCGGCCCAGUCCUUCCUGCACUGCUUCACGCUGGCCAGCGCUGCCUUCAGCCUGCAAGUGGCCACCCCUGGGGGGAAGCCCAUGGACUUCGUCGACGUGAACGAGAGCAACGCGCGCUGGGUGCAGGACUUCCGCCUCAAAGCUUACGCCAGCCCCGCCAAGCUGGAGUCUAUUGACGGAGCCCGCUACCAUGCCCUGCUGAUUCCCAGCUGCCCUGGGGCCCUGGUGGACCUGGCCAGCAGCGGGUCCCUGGCUCGCAUCCUGCAGCACUUCCACUCUGAGAGCAAGCCCAUCUGUGCUGUGGGCCACGGCGUGGCCGCCCUCUGCUGCGCCACCAGCGAGGACAGGUCCUGGGUGUUCCAAGGCUACAGUGUCACCGGGCCCUCCGUGUACGAGCUAGUACGGGCACCAGGUUUCGCCCACCUGCCCCUGGUCGUGGAGGACUUCGUGAAGGACGCAGGGGCCUGCUUCAGCGGAAGUGAGCAGGCCCCGAGCAGAUGCCGCCACCUCCAGAUGUCCUGGGUGUCCCCCGAGACCCUGCCUCAUGACACCCGGCCUGCCUGGCCCCUGGUGGAACUCCUGGGUGCUCUGAGGAUCCUCCCUGAAGGGGUCGGCCUUGGGGGAUGGGCCGAGCCGGUGACUGUGCUCCAGACACCUGCUGGCCUCCGCACCCUGGGCCUGGGCCCCCUCACCAGCCAUCCCGUGUGUGGCACCAGUUGGCGAUGGACCUAGCUGGACAAAAGCGUUUUUUAAAAUGGUAACGCAAAUAAAGAGGAAAAUGGUGACGCCUUA